UGACGCGGGGACCUGGCAAUGAGGAGGGGGGUCUUGGUGGGAGGGAGAGAGGGAGGGCGCGCGGCGCGGCCGCGGGCUGGGCCGCCAGCUCCGCGAUACUCUCCGCGACAGCAUCCAGUCGUGUGCCGACCGCUCGAGCAAAGACCACGAACGACAACAACAACAGAAUGCUGGCCCUCAAGGUAGCGGUGCUCGUGUCGGCGGCGUGCCUGGUGCACGGCUACGGCUCCGGCGCGCCCCCAGAUGCGUGCGGUGACAUGAUCCCCCAGCACCACACCGACCCCCAGAACUCGGCCUCGCCGUACCAGAUCCGCUCCGCCAAGACCAAGACACCCGGGCAGGUCAUCGUUACCAUCAAGGGCCCCGAGACCUUCAAGGGCUUCAUGGUGCAGUGCCGCGUCGGCAACGUCCCCGUCGGCAAGUUCAUCAACCCGCCCUCCAACGUCAAGCUGGUGGACUGCGGCGAUGGCAAGGGGACCGCUGCGACUCACAACGACAAGUCUGACAAGAAGGAGAUUGUCCUCACCUGGAAGGCACCGCCCAACCUCAAGGAGUCGGUGACUUGCCUGGCCACCGUCGCCAAGAAUGGAGGAGUCUUCUGGGUUAACCAGAAGGCCAACACUCUGACUUUCUAACUUGAACAAUAAGAUUAACAAUCAGAGUGACAUUUGGGAAGUCAUCAAUGACUUCCAUGAUCUUAAAGACCUGGAGACCCCUCACCUUACCUCAUCAAGACAAUGUGAUAUACCUUAGUUACAUAGAUUCAAAAAAACAAAAAAGUGCUUAUACUUUCUAGUGACCAGUGACAAACAAGAGGCGACAUUUUGUGUUUUAGGAUUUUUAAGAACCAAAGAAAGUACUCUCAGAUAUUAUACGGUGUACCUUACUUGGAAUUUACUUACGACAAAAUAAAAACAAUCAGUAUUAA